AUGGCGGCUAGCACGACUCGCCGCUCCAGCCUCAGUCUCGAUGUCGAUGGCCCCGAGACCGAGCGCUGCGGAGACGAAUCCGACAGCCUGGCCUCGCGUCUCAAGGCCUGUGGCAGUAGGAAAGCGCCUUCCGUCGCCUCUAGCGUCAGGGGGCCCAUCAGUCCUCCGCCGCUCAGGAGAUCCAGAGCCUCGCCAGCCGCCGCUGUCAUGCUCGACAGUCUCAGCGACAAGGGCCAGUCGCCCGCCUUGUGUCCAGGCACGCCGCCGCCGCCGCCGCCUCUCUCACUCCCCGACUUUUGGGCCCCCCAGGCCGUCGACUGCGGCACGCCAACGGCGCAGACAGACUCCAACGUCGAGUGGACCAUCCCCGAGAUUGCCGAGCAGCUGAACCAUUUUCGCCAGGAUGUCAAGGAUGGCCAUUCCCAGCUGACGGCCUACAUCAUCGAGUCCACCACGGCAACUGAGCGCCGAGUCCACCAUGGCCCCGAUCUCUUCGCCGCUGUCAAAGUGGCCCCCGUGCCCGAGAAGAAGGGAACCACGAUGAGAAUCAAAUCAAAACAACACCUCAAGGCCAAGAGGGACCAUAAGGAGGAGCAUCACAAUGUCGUGUGCAUAAAGACCAACAAGGAUCGGGUUCCUCGUUAUCGUUUUCAUCACGUCGGCAUCAAGAAGAACGUUCUGACCCCAAACACUAUGCUAACCUUUGUGCCCCAUUUGCGAGACCUGGAGAGUUCAGAGGAGACUAAGUACAAUCUCUGGCUUAAGGAGCUGGAGGACAUUGAUCUCAAGUCUGGAUUUAAGCCCAUGAAUCGUGAAGAAAAGCAGGCCAUGACGUUUCAACUGGAGCGCGCCGCCACCAUCUCGCUCUACCUCGAGACGUGGCUCGACAAUCUCGUCAUACCAGGGUGCAAUAAGUCGGCCUUGAUUAGCUACAUGGCAAGCCGUGAGCCAGACGAUGCCAUCACGCCGCAGCAGAAGACGGACAUUCUCAGGUCGCAUCGUGAGAUGGACAGCGCUGCCUCGGGAGCCAGUGCAGCUGCUCAGAUGUUUACCGAUGCUUUUCAGCUCGUCUUCAAAGAUAGCCAGCCACCCGAGAAGCAGAUUGACCUUCGCAAGGUUUUGCUACUCGACGAGUCGGUGGACAGCAUCAUGGACUCCAAGCCCACGGCAAAGGAUGGCGCGGGCGCUCAGAACGAUGACGAGGACGAGCUGGCCGAGUUCAAUCUGGCCACGUACUGCAUCCUGGGAUGUCUCAUCUGCUUCAGCCAUUCCUGCGACCACGGCGAAUAUGACAACAAGAACCUGAAACGAACCUUUUCCAUUUCUUCAUGCUCACACCUCUCAGAUGCCUUGAAGCGGCGCCGUGUCGGUGCAGGCGACGGCAACGCGCCAUCCUCGCCCCCUUGCCUGCGGCAGUGCUACCGCCGUGGCGCCGGGCCCUUUGGUCCAGAGCCACAGCCCCCCUGGUCUGAAGACGAGGAGAUUGUUCUGCGAUCCAUCUUCACGACAGCUACGCACAGCGCGUACAAGGGAGAUGCGAUAUGCCUGGCGGCCAACUUCUUGGACCGGACAUGCAGCCAGGCGUACGAAAAGUUUCAGUCCCUCGGUGUCUCCCUACCACAGCCUCCAAUUGUGGAGCCGAACCGAGUCAAAAACCUAUCAUGGUAUGACCGCCGGAGGAAAAUCCUCUUGGGAGACUGGCAGGACCACACGCUGUGCGGAACGUGUGGAGCCUUGGAACGCGCGGAUCCCCUUAACGCGGAUGACGACCGACUGCACACCACGGGCUGUCAGAAUUGUGACUUGCAGCGCGGCGUUGGCAAGUCUCUCAUCCUGGGACAAAGCCAGCUGGAGGGCGUGGGAUACGGGCUCUUCACGGCCGAAGACAUUGACCAAGACGACUUCAUUGUGGAGUAUGUUGGGGAGCUGAUUACCCAUGACGAGGGCGUGCGCAGAGAGGCGCGACGCGGCGACGUUUUUGAUGAGCACUCCAACAUAUCUUACGUCUUCACACUGCUCGAGAAUGAGGGUAUAUGGGUCGACGCUGCAAUCUAUGGCAACCUCAGCCGCUACAUCAACCACGCCUCGGAGAAUGACAAGCGCGGGUGCAACAUCACGCCGCGAAUCCUUUACGUAAAUGGCGAGUAUCGAAUCAAGUUUACUGCCAUGCGAGAUAUCCAGGCUGGGGAGGAGCUCUUCUUUAACUACGGCGAGAACUUUCCCAACUUGACCAAGAAGCUGCUCGACCACAAAGCGGGCGAACAGCCCGCCAAGGCGAAAGGGGGACGUCCGCGACGAGCCGAAGUCGGGGACCAAGUGGCGAGGAAGGCGCCCAAGUCUGAGCAAAAACGAGGCCCCGGAAGACCGAAAGCCAAGAGGGAUAUUGGCACGGAUGACGACUUGCAGAUUGUCGAGCCACCGAACGAGCCGGCCAAAUCUCGCAAGCGAAAGAGACGCUCCCAAGACGACCCUGGAGAAGCAGAGUAUCACCCGCCCGUUGCAGCGGAGACGCCCAAGGCGGCGGGCGCAGUGGUCGGGUUGGAGGAUCAGAGCCCCGACUCGAUAUCGCGCCUGCGCAAGAGAACGCGAGCCGUUUCUAGUUCGCAGCCAUUCGCGGCGGAGCCCAAACGUGCCGAACUCCCCAAGAAAAAAGGCAAACGAGGCGGCGCGCGACCAGGAAGCGGGCGGCCUAGAAAGCAUCCCCGACCAGCCCCCAAGCCCGUGCCGGCGCCCAAAAUCAAAGAGGAAGAAGAGACGGCCGAGGAGCCGCCUCCAGCACCAAUCGCGGCGCCACCAGAGCCGGCACCAGGGUUCAAGGCCGAGGUCGUCGAGAUUGAAGACAGUGACGAAGGCACUACGAGAGGGCUCCAUGAGGUGUCGGUGCUUGAGCCUAUGGGCGAGGACGCGGGGGAUCCCGAGGACAUGGACGAGGACGAGGACCAAGACGUGGUGGUGCGGAAGAGGAACGACCGGGCGGUGAGGAACCGACGGCCGCCAGCGAAGUUUAGAGAGGAUGAGAUUUGGAACUGA